AUGGGAGGUUUGGGUUUGUUUGUGGAGGAUAGGAUAGUUUUGGUGGGGGUGGGGGGUGUAUGGGGGUGGUUUGUAAUAAAAGAAAAGAUGGUAGAGGAGGGGUGGAGUAGGGUGGUGUCGUGGUUGGUUGUUAGGGAGAGGGUGGUUGAUUGUUGGUGGGGUGAGAGUGGUAUAGGAGUGGUGGGUGUUGUUUGGUUGGGUGUGUGGAUGGGGUUAUGUAAAUUGGGUUGGAAGAUGGAUGGGGGGGUGGGUGGUUGGUGUUGGUGGGGAAGUGGGAGUGGGGGUGGAAUAAUUUUAUAUGAGAUGGUGUGGGGGAGGGUUGUUGGGGUGGGGAUGUAG